AUGUCCGUCCUCGCGCACUUGCUGCGUCCAGCAGCGGGUGCCCGCCGGGCCUACUCCGUCUUCUCCAAGGGCGGCGGGUACUUCAACUCGUCCAAGUCCCCCAAGGUCGUCCCCGCCUCCAGCAAAGCUAAGAAGGUCGACACGUCGUCCCCCUCCUCCACCGAUUCCACCUCCGCCUCGUCCACGAACCCCUCCUCGCCCAAGGAGGACCCGAACGCGUCCUCCUCGAGCACCGUCGCCGCCGCCCCGGACCCCCGCCCGCUCGUGCACCCGUCGCCGGUCGGGCCCCCGCCGGCGUACGCCUACAACCCGGCGCUGCAGGUGCACUCGCCCGUGCACCCGCGGCCGUCCGCGGCGGACCUGCGCAUGCACCAGUUCUUCUCCCUCGGCCGCCCGCUGCUCGCGCUCGGGCAGCCCCCCGCCGCGCUCUUCGAGGCGCACGCCUCGCCGUUCCCGCCGCCGGCGCCGACCCCGCCGGGGCUCGACUCGUUCGCGGCGACGGUGUCGCUGACCCAGGCGGAGGCGGACGCCGAGGCGGCGCGGCAGCUCGCCAGGGCGCUCGUCGUGCAGCGCGUCGGGGCGAGCCUCGACUGGGACGCGGCGCUGGGGCGGCUCGGGCUCGACGUCGACGCGGCGGGGCGCGCGGCGGAGGUGCACGAGGCCGAGGAGGCGUUCCAGGUGUACAUGGACAGCACGAAGCGGAAGCGGCGGAAGAAGAUGAAGAAGCACAAGUGA